CUAAAACGGUAAUACAAUCCAUUGUAAACGACGCCUACACAUUCUGAGUGAUUCAUUACGAUCAUUGUUACGUGGUAACUUAUUAUUGUUUAACGAGGUCACAGAAACCAUGAAUAUCUGAAAUUACAUUUGCUGAAGUUAUACGUAAUGAAAAUCGACUCGGUUGAAAGUGUUACACAUACAUAGUAUGCAUACAUUUGGUAAUCUUAAUUUUUUUUUAACUUAAACAUUUUUGAGGUUGGAAAUUCCAUUGGUUUAUUGAAGAAAAAGGAAGAAUAGAGGAUAGAAGCAUAUCAGUCAGGACCUGAUUGGAUGUAAAUUGGACAUUGUUUAUUGGAAAUAUAUUAAUGAAUUCAGCUCUAAGGAAUGUUAAAUACCAUUUGUGUUAUCAAUGCAUAAGUUAUAGUAAUCUACAUCUGUUCAAAAUAAUGAUUAAAGAAUUAGAAUAACGGACAAUCUUGAACUGAUUCCAAAAAAUUCUGUUAGGAUGUCUAGAGCGCAUGUGUGAACAACCGUCCUAAGCUUCAAAGAACACGACGUUUCACCGCAGUACGAAUUGAACUUUCGAAGCGAGUGUGUCGGUAUUUUCGCUUGUCACGAGUUUUAUUCACAGUCGCCGAAAAAGGAAAUCAUGGCUAUUUCACUCUCCACCGAAGACAAAUUGGAAUACCACUUCUACCCCGUUGCUAGCGGACAAAUCCAAUUUCGGGUGAAAGCAGCCAACGAUGCUCACGUUGCUCUCACCACCGGUCCCCACGAGGGAGAACCGAUGUACGAGGUAUUCAUUGGUGGUUGGAGCAACGGUAAGUCCGUGAUCCGUAAAAAUAGAAGCAAACCUGAUGUGGCUGAAGUCGAGACACCUGGUAUUUUGAGUGGUGACGAGUAUCGUGGAUUUUGGAUUAGAUGGAGCGAUGGUGUCGUAUCAGUGGGUAAAGAAGGCGAACCGAGCUCGUUCCUCACUUAUGCCGAUCCGGAACCAUUUGGAAUCGGUUACUUUGGAGUGUGCACCGGUUGGGGUGCGUCUGGCGAAUGGCUGAUCGAAGGACACGGCACCCUGUCGACCCGGAACGAGUUAGUCUACCAGUUUCGUAACGUAAGAGGCGGUUCAGUUUUCAUUGAAGUCAGGGCCAAGAGCAACGCGCACGUUGCCCUGACCAACAAGAAAGGCGACUCGAGUCCGAUGUACGAAAUCUUGCUCGGUGGUUGGGAGAACACCGCGUCCGUCGUCAGAUACGAUCGCAAACAGCCCGACAAGGUGCGCGUGAACACGCCAAACCUGCUGAACGAGAACGAAACGAAGAAGUUCGUGAUCACAUGGCUUGACGGCCUUAUCACGGUCAGGGCUGGUGAUCUAAACGGUUCUAAGAUCAUGGAAUGGCAGGAUCCAAAGCCAUUUGGCGUGAGUUAUAUGGGCAUACGUACCGGUUGGGGUGCAACCGGCAAGUGGAAGAUUCGAACUGCACAAUAUCCACCCCGUUCAGCUGACACUUCUAAACAUGUGAACCCAUCUGCUCCACCUCCACCUGUGCAAGGAUUGGAAUUGGGAGAGGUUUGCUGGUGUGAUGCGACAGGUGGAAUGCUGCCCCCAGGUGCAGUGGAAGGAGGAAGAGACGAAGAAACAUUGUACGUGGGCAGAGCUUACCACGAGGGUGCUCUUUUACCUGGUAAGGUGAAGCCAGGACACUCUGUCUGUUACGUCGCCUGGGGUGGUGGUGAACACGGUAAAACUGAUUACCAGGUUCUUUGCGGUUGUAAACCGGUGUGGGUGCCGACGAGUGGAAACCAGAUUCCUCCGAACGCAAUCCCGGGCGGUGAAACCGAGGAUGGAGAAGCACUUUAUGUCGGUCGUGUUAAUCACGAGGGUACCCUGACAAUCGGCAAAGUGCAACCUUCUCACAGUGUCUGCUACAUAGCAUACGGCGGUGCCGAGGUCGCCUUCCCUGAAUAUGAGAUAAUGGUUUCGCAGUAAUCAAUGGGAGCUUCAACGACAUCGCGAAAGACUAGAGUUGAAAGCACACCGACUUCGAUGAAUUUUAUCAAUAAAUCCUCACCGCUUAAAGUGGCUUUGUUUCAGUAUCACGCUGUAAGCAGCUUGCUUAAAUAAUAUGAUUUCGUCCAGUAAUCGAAUCUCAAUAAUUGUUAUCAAUAUUUUUAAGAAGAGAAAAAUGAAGGAAUAUUGUAUAAGUUGAGAAUCUCAUAUGUGUGUAAACUAGUCUAGUUGCUAAUGGGCGGAUCUUUUGAUUCACAUUCAUCGAUCAGUCGGUGUGUAAUGGGCGUAUACUUCCGCACAGAAUAUUAUUGAAAUCACGAUAAUGUAGGCUGCGCAAAUCAAACUGGCAAUGUAUGUGUAGCUUAGCUAUGUAUGAUAAUAAUCGGCUGCAUAUGACUAUCAUUAUUUCCUAGCGGAUAUUCAUGCGGUUAGACGUCACUUGGUGGUUUCUGUUUAAAACGAGGGCAUCACAAAAAUGUGCAUUUGAUAGCCACAUAGUUUUUAACACACAGCAGUUUUUGCUUCCUUAAAAUCGUUAUUUUUAGAUUCUGUAUUGUUACAAAAUGAAAUAAAUACUUCCAAGAUGAAA